AUGUCAAAGAUUGCGAAUCUUGAUUUCAGUGCUUUGAAAAGCAAUGGUGACAACUACCUGGAAUGGGCGCUUGAUGCAAAGAUCAUGCUGCGAUCAAAAGAUCUUGGUGACACAAUCACCAAAGACAACAAUUCCAGUGACAAAGACAAGUAUAGAGCUAUCUACAUGAUACGCCACCAUCUCCAAGAGAACUUGAAAACUCAGUACAUGACCAUGGAAAAUCCAUAUGACCUUUGGAUCGCUUUACAGCGAAGAUAUGACCACCAGAAAACGGUGUUGCUUCCAAAGGCUCAAUAUGAUUGGAAACACAUAAGGUUCUUGGACUACAAAUCAGUAGACGAGUACAACUCAGUCCUGUUCAGAAUUGUGUCCUUGUUAAGGUUAUGUGGUGAAAAAGUAACCGAGGAAGAGAUGCUUAAUAAAACUCUCUCCACGUUUCCUCAAACCAACAUGGUAUUGCAACAGCAGUACAGAGAGAGGAAUUUCGCCACAUAUACUGAGUUGAUAGAAUGUCUCUUGUUGGCUGAAGCUAACAACGAACUGUUAUUGAAAAACAGUGAGAUGAGACCUCCUGGUACAGCUCCAUUACCCGACAUCUCUAAGCUGGCUAUAGAGCCAAAGAAAGAGAGUAACCUUGUCCGACCAUCCCGGUCCAAACCGUGGAAGAAGUCAAGGACGAGGUCGUGGUUCUUUUAA